AUACCGUCGUUGCUGUUUGUUUUAAAUGACAAUGUGCAUUAGUGGUUGAAAUUCAAAAUGAGCGAGACACAUACUCCUGGAAAAAUUCGGAAACUCGACCAGGUGGUCGUCAAUCGCAUUGCCGCUGGCGAGAUUAUCCAGAGGCCGGCUAAUGCUCUGAAAGAGCUGAUUGAAAACAGUCUUGAUGCGAAUUCAACAAAUAUUAUUAUUUCCAUAAAGGAUGGAGGAUUAAAAUUCUUGCAGAUCCAAGAUAAUGGAACUGGUAUAAACAAGGAGGACUUGGAUAUUGUCUGUGAACGUUUUACUACAAGUAAAUUGCAAGAUUUCAAUGAUCUUAAAUCCAUUGCCACCUAUGGCUUUAGAGGUGAAGCCCUGGCUAGUAUCAGUCACAUUGCCCAGCUUACUAUAACAACAAAGACAGAUAAAGAAAAGUGUGCUUACAAAGCGUCGUAUGUGGAUGGCAAAUUAAAAGCACCACCUGUUCCUUGUGCCGGCAACCGAGGAACAACAAUAACGGUAGAAAAUUUAUUUUACAACGUUGCUACGCGUAGAAAAGCCCUCAAUAACGUACAUGAAGAGCACACAAGAAUAAAAGACGUUGUAAUAAAAUAUGCUGUUCAUAACGCGCAUGUGGGUUUUACUUUCAAAAGACAUGGUCACUCAACGGUUUAUGUUAAAACUCCCUCUGCAUCUACGAAAGUUAACAACAUAAAAUCUUUGUAUCCUGCUGAAGUUGCUCUAAAUCUGUUUGAGGUUGAAUUGGAAGAUACUAUGUAUAAAUUUAAAUUACAUGCCAUCUUUACCAGCGCUAGUUAUGCAGACAAAAAAAUGACUAUGCUGCUGUUUAUCAACAAUCGUUUGGUUGAAUCUUCGAUAAUGAAAAAAGUCAUCGAAGAUAUGUACACUGUAUAUUUACCUCUAAAAAAACAUCCGUGGUGUUACAUUUCAUUACACAUAGAUCCGCAAAACAUUGACGUUAAUAUACACCCAACAAAACAUGAAGUACGGUUUCUCCACGAAGAUGCGAUUAUUGGAAAAGUCAGAGAUGCUAUAAGCGAGAAACUCCUUGAUAAUAAUCACUAUCGAAUUUUUACCCUGAAUAAUGCACCUCCAAAAUUAGAGUUACCUAAGGAAUUAAUGGAACAAGUUUUGUCAGACGAUUUUGAAGAUAACCAGGACAAACCCAAGAAAGUUCAUGCUAAAGAUUUUGUACGUACGGAUGCUGCUGACCAAAAAUUAGAUAAAUUUAAUUUUACGAUCAACAGUGCCGAAAUAACUCAAAUGGCUACAGAUAAAAAUAAUGAAGUAAAUGAUUAUGAAGUUGCUUCAUCAGAUUGUCAGGCUCCAGAUGUAUCAAUACAAAUUACCAAUGCUAAUGAAGAAAUAAACGAUAAGGACGGAACAGAAGUUACUAAGGAUUCAGAGAAAGGAGAGUUGGAAAAAAAUCUUGAUACUCUAACUGUAGAAAACGACGAAGAAGCUGAUAAGAUGGAUAAAAACGAUCCACAUUCACCUGAAAUCAGACCACCUGUUCACUUUAGAUCAUAUUCUGUGAAUGAAAUUCAAGUUGAGACAAAAUUAUUGAGUGUACUAACUUUGAGAAAAGAAGUAGAAGAAUCAUAUCAUCAAGGUUUACGUGUCGUACUUUCAAAUUUAAUUUUUGUUGGAUGCAUUGAUGAACACUCAGCAUUGAUUCAAAGUGGACCUCAAUUAUACUCGUGUCAAACAGAAAAACUUGCAGAAGAUCUAUUUUAUCAAAUCAUGCUCUAUGAUUUUGCAAAUUACGGUGUCAUAAAAUUUACUGAGCCAAUUCUUAUUAAAGACUUGGCUAAACUUGGUCUCGAAUGUGAAGAAUCAGGCUGGACUGAAGAAGCAGGGGACAAAAAUGAACUAGCUGAACGAGUGCAAGAACUAUUGUUGGAGAAGGCAGAUAUGUUGCGGCAGUAUUUUUCAAUAUAUAUUGAUAAAAAAGGACGUCUGAAGACUUUACCCUACUUGAUAGAAAAUUAUUUUCCAAGUCAAGCCGCAAUUCCUUUCUAUAUUUUAAGAUUGUCAACGGAAGUUAAUUGGAACAAAGAAAAGCCUUGCUUUCGUGAUAUAUGUCGAGAAACUGCGAGAUUAUACAGCCAAAUCGAUACUACCAAUGAUUCAUGGAAACACGUUACUGAAUUCAUUUUGUAUAGUGCAAUCAAGGAGAGUCUUUUGCCACCUAAGACUUAUUUUGAAGAUUUGACCAUGACAACUUUGGCUAAUUUACCAGACUUGUACAAAAUCUUUGAACGCUGCUGAGCUAGAUGAUCCUUUAUUACG